AUGCAGUUCGCCAUCAUCGCCAGCUUCGCUGCCCUCGCUCUCGCCGCUCCAUGGAAGCCUGAGACCACCACCUCUUGCGCUACCAGCACGGCUCCUGCUACCUCCUCUGCCAGCGCCGUCGUCAGCGCCACAACCGCUGCUGCUGCCCCAGGUGUCACUCCCAUCUCUGGCAAUGGCAGCAACGGCUCUGGCUCCGGCAACAGCGGAUCUGACAACAGUGGCUCCGGCUCCGGCUCUGGCAACGAGUCCGACCUCUGCCCAGCUCUCUACACUCCUCAGUGUUGCCAGGCUGAUGUCCUCGGCCUCGUCGGCCUGACCUGCGACGCUCCAUCGCUCGGCCUCACCUCCCAGCAGUCCUUCGUCGAUGACUGCGCCAACACUGGCAGCCGCGCCCAGUGCUGUAUCCUCCCAGUUGCCGGCCAAGCCGUCAUCUGCACCGACGUCUAA